CUAACUCCAUACAAACUGUCACGGCUUCCCUCAGCACACGCGCUCUAUUGUCUAUCGAGCGUCCCCCUGCACCUUCAUCCUAGUGCCAUUAUGGACUUUGACGAACGUUACGAUAUUCUCCAUGAAGUUCAGAAAGAUCGCUGGGUCAGCGAGGUCGCUGCGAUGCGUGAGAGGGGAGAACUGGCCCGUUGGGUUUCGACGUACCAUAAAUACCGGCUGCCCUGCGCCACGGAUGGCACCGUCAAGUUCAUCAAUGGCGGCUACAACCUUAGCCAGAAACUGAACUUCACCAACGGGGACAUCUGGCUCGUCCGCUUCGCCCAGAAGGGCGUCGUCUGCGAUUACCUGGCGGAUGAGAAGGUUGCUAUGGAGGUGGAGGCGCUCAUGCGCAUUCGUCAAGAGACUGACGUCCCCGUACCCAAGGUUCACGGCUGGGGUACUGCCGCCGACAACCCUCUUGGCCUCGGCCCGUUCAUUAUUAUGGACUUCAUAGAGGGCGUCAGUCUGGAAAGCUUGUGGAAGGAGAGGCCCGAGAAGAGGCUUAUACGAAGCGACAUCGCCGAAGCCGACAUCGAGUACAUCUACCGGCAGUUCGCCCGAAUCCAGCUCAUGUUGUUUCAACUCAACUUUGAGCGCAUCGGCAGCCUCCCGACACCACUCACCAAUUUCGUAGCGCCGAUACGCCCGCUCACCUUUAAAAUCCAUGAUAUCCUUCAGAUGGGUGGAGUCAACACGUUCGGGAAACGAAGCGAAGGCUUCGAGUCUACUAAUGACUUCUUCGACCACGUGUGCAUGCAGGACUGGGAACAGCUCUCCCAGCAAGCCAACUCAGUCUGUGGCCUGUGGGACGCCAAGAACAAGCUUGCCUCCUUCAACGCUCUGCGCACCAUAGUGCGCGACUUUGUCCACCCGGACACCGCAAAGGGCCCCUUCAAGCUCGUCUCAGAGGACUUCGGGCUCUCGAACAUACUCGUCAGAACCGAGGACGAUUUGACUAUUGUGGGCGUUGUCGACCUUGAGUGGUCCUACGCCGGCCCUGCCCAGCUGGCCGCCUCGCCGUGGUGGUUACUUAACUCUCGGCUGAACCUCUAUGACCUUGAGUUUGAGGCAGAGGCAGGAGCAUCUGCUGUGAUCCUCGAUCGAUAUCUCAAGCACCUAGAGAUCUACAAACGUGUGCUUGGGGAAGAGGAGGAGCGCAUGUCUGACAUCCAUGACAAGGAAAUGUCUUCGCUGAUCGAAUGGUCUGAGAGCUCGGGCGCUCUAUGGUUCCAUAUGCUACUCCACUCGGGUUUCAACUACGUGAGUAGCAUUCCGUUUGCCCAGGUGAGGAAGCAUAUUGGAGACAGGAGGUGGGAUAAGCUCAAGAGUACCUUUCCCUUCGACUCCCUCGAGGUCCUCGCAACGAGUAAAGCCCAACAGACGGAAGAAUAUGAAAGAUCUCUGGAACAGGUGGAAGAUCUCAAGACCAAGGUGGACGCCAACGAGAUGGACAUGGACGAAUUUAUUGCGACAGCAAGCACCCUUCUUGUCACGAGAGUUGCGUGCCCAGUGGCAGAUCGAAUGUGCCAGAAACCCGUAAAGUUUAUGACUAUCUCUUCGAACACAUUGGUGAUCUCCGAGCCCUUACUACAUACCGUCCAGGGUAAAUCAAGCGCGGUGUGUAGUAUUGCAUUGGAAAGAAGAGAUUCGUGGAAGCUUCAAUGUCUACAGCCCUGUUGCCGUGACAAGACAGGGUAGACAGCCAAAUACGACAGUGCGCAUUAAACUGUUGGCAUUGUAAUGUUCCUCGUUGUGAAGGUUCGUUGCUUUGAAACUCUAUUCAUGCAUGUUACGAGCUGCGCCUGGAGACACGCGUCACAUCAGGCGCUCGAGCUGUCAAUCUCAACCUGGCGCGUUGAAAAGAGUAUCGCGCGGCAAAGGCGGAUUCUCAAACAGAGAGUGCCGUAGUACUAAAUAUUAAAGAGAUUUUAUAUAUAUAUAUGUAUCUCUUAUAUUAUAAUAUUAGACUCUAUUAAUUAUCUUUAAUAACUUAUAGAGGC